CAUAAUACGCAUGCGCGAGAAAGCGGUUCUAAUAGCAACACUGGUGCGCAGAGCAUAAACCUCCUCAAUUUGACAAUCAGCCAAGCACAGCUAAGUCAGCCGAUGUCGUUACGCUGUUCAAAGGAGGGGUCGCGAAAAUUCAAAGAUUUAUUAUAAAUUUUCAUUGAUUUUAUGAUCACGGAAAUUGAGUGUAUGGGUAGCUUAAAAUCAAGAAAACACAAUGACAUCGAUGAUAUCAACACCACGGAAGUUACCAAUCUUUGUGUUUCCACAAAGCAUUACGUUUUAUUUAGACGAUCAGUCCACUCACAAGCAAGUGUUAACUUUGUAUAACCCAUAUGAAUUUCCUGUAAAAUUUAGAGUUCUAUGUACUGCACCAUACAAAUAUCAGGUGGUUGAUCCAGAAGGUGUAAUAAAAGCUAGUUCUUGCGUUGAUAUUGUGGUUCGACAUACAGCAUUAUUGGCAAGUAACUGCAAUGUGAUUGACAAAUUUAGGAUACAUAUGCAAGAGUAUCCUACUAAACAGGUAAUUGGUAAGAGAGACGUAGAAGCCAAACUUCUCGCUGGAGUGAUGGAUACAGCUGGAAGAGCAACGCCAGAUCCAGAUGUGUUUCAACAACUUCCGAUAAAUGAAAAUAGGCAACAAGAAUCUUAUGCGCUUAUAAGCCGAAAUAAAACGAUAGAUAGAGGUACAAAUUACGUAGCACUUAUCACAGGAAUUGUAUGCAUAAUUGGAUUGCUUUUACCCACUGAAGGCGAAAAAAAUCAUAGGUUGCCCGAUUAUCUUCAUCUCUCUGUGAAUUUUAAAUUAAUAUUCUCAUUUGUACUAGGUAAGCAUCAGGUAUGGUGGCAAAUAUCGUUUUAGGGCUAUAAUUGAUUUUUUAUACGAAAGAUAACUUUAUAGGAUAACAGGAUAGGAUAACAUAAGAUAAAAGCGCAAUUAAUAUAAGACUUGGGCCUCCUUUCUUAUGAAGUAUAUUCAAUUCUAGUCUAUAAUGGAACUUUAAUAUUGUAUCAAUUGAAUAUUGAUAUUUACUUUUUUUAAAUAAUUAUAUUAUAAUUUUAUAAAUACGUAUUAUAAUUAU